GUGCCGCUAACUCUCUGCAGUUUGUUCACAACCAGGACAAUGGCUGCUUCCACUGUGCUGGUCUUGGUUGCUAUCAACCUGAUUCAGUCGUUCACUGCUACUCCCUCCAACUGCAAGAUACUCCAACCAAAAAAGAUUGAUCUGAAGAGUACGACGUUCUCUGGCAAAUGGUACUUACUGCGCUGGGCAACUCAGUACAAGCCCUACCGAGAGGAGUUUGGCCAAGUGGACAAUGCUUACCUUGUGAACUCUCCUGUUGUCCAAAAGAACAAAAUGCUGAUGAAGGGCUACAUGCGGAUAGGAGACAAAUGCAUCUCUGAGAUGGAGGCCUACGAUUUAUCGAGAAAUGGUGUGGAUUUCACCAGUGAAGCCAUGCCAUUUAUGAUGUUCAGAAUUCUCGACACAAAGAUUCAAAAUUCCUUGCUUUUCUACAUUGAGGAGAAAAGAGAAGGCAAAAUGUACCACACACUUUCCCUCUAUGGUCGAAAGCCAACUGCAAUGGAGAAUGAGCUGAAGAUCUUUGAAGAACAGGUGCAAUGUGCAGGCAUGAAGACGGAUAGAAUCAUAGUGCUACCUCAAUUGAAGGACGAGUGCAACCCAGAAGACACAGUGGAAGCCCUCAAAUUAAUAUAAAAGCACCAAAAGAGGAGCUUUGGAAAUAUUUCUGUAAUAAUUCCAAGUUAGCACAGGUAGUUGUAUUCAUUUAGCAUUAGUUCUAAAACCAUUCCCUAACGAAAUCUGCUUUCCCCAAUCUGAGUGAUGAUCAGAAGUGAUAAGUAGAUUCUUAUCUGUUAUAUGGUACAUAGAUUUGAACAUGUCUACUUUGGAGAGGUGUUUUGACAAAAGGAGAAAGGAGAAUUUUAUUCUAAGCACAGUGAUUUAUAAUGAUCUGCAUGGAGCUGACUGAAAGGCUGGUGAAAAUUAUGAUGUUCAAAAGGAAAACGGAUAUAUUCAGUAUUUCUUUCAUAAUAAAAUAUUUCUCUGUACAUUACCAUA